AUGGUCGGCUCUUCGCAACGGAUGAGUCUGGCGCGCUCGCGCAUGUCUGUGGCGCCUGUUUCGGGCGGUGUGGCUGCGCGUUUAAGUGUAAAGCAAGCUGAACUUCAAGCAUUGCAGCAGCUGCGUGUCGAAUCGGCUCAAUUGACACAAGAACUCGAGAAAUUGAGUGAACGCAUCGAUACUCUCGUUAUUGGCGGUCAAUCUGUGGCCUCUGUGAUGGAUAGCUGGCAAGGUGUGUUUCGCGCGAUUCAAAUUGCUCAAGGUGCGUUAUUCGCCGCACAAUCGGCCAUGUUGCAAAGACGCGAGGUCGAGAAGGCCCAUGUAGAACAUGAAAAUGUUCCUGCUGAGGACCCUAUUUCAACGCUCGGCACACGAACAAUACCCGAUACCCUCGUGCGAAUUCCCAUUCAACCCCCGUCGACCUCAUCUUAG